AUGACUGAAGUCGUCGUCAAUGGCUCCGGCUCUGCCUCCGCCCCUCUCGAUUUCCCUGCCACGAGAACGGCCCUGACCUCGUCUUCCACCAAUGUCAGGAUAGCUCAACUGCGAACUGUCGAGGACAAGAUAUCAAAUACAGAACUUGACCCGCCAUUGGUUUGCAGACUCGUCCAGUUGCUCUUCUGGACACAUGCCUUCUACGCCGACCGACCCUCUCGACUCGCCGUACAGAGAUGUCUCUCCGCUCUUCUUUCCAAAGGUCUCGACUUUGACGUCCUCUCCGCUUUCGUUGCUGCUUUGCGUGCCGAGUCUCAAAAGCCUGGAAUCGCCGCCAGUAAUGCCUUCGUUCUCGUCGAGUGGUGCAGCUUGCUCAUGCAGCAUCUCGCUAAAACUUACAACUGGGACAAGCUGGCUUCUCAGAUCCUCCAAAGCUAUGUCGACGUUUUGGACAAGUGUCUUCAGCCAGCUGCCAAAGGUGGCAUGGCCCAUUCCGCCAUCGUCGUCACUCGGAGAGGCUUUCGCAAACUCUUCUCUGCCCAUGAGAACCCAGACAAGGCUCUCAAGGACGCUGUCCAGCUCCUGACGACCAAGUCGGCACAGCCUUCCAUUAAAAAUGCCCCGCUACUCGGCGUCAUCGCCGGCGUGAGCUCUCGAAUCCCCGCAGUCAAGUCGGUUCUAGAGACCCAGAAGUCGCAGUACUUCACCUUUUACACCAGAGAGAUCAUCGGCUCACGGACUUCUGUUCCCCAGCACAUCGCAUCUGGGCUCAAUGACUUCUUCCUUGAUUUUGUAACCCUGGAAGAUCUUGCCAAGGAGGUUAUUCCGUCUCUGGAAAAGGGAUUGCUGCGUGCGCCUGAAAUCGUUCUCAGCGAUGUCAUCAUCCCCCUGAUUCGCGCUCUCCAUAGGGAUUUCGACCUUUCGCAGAUCCUUUUGGGAAACCUGCUGAAGCCUAUCCUCUCCAAUGUCAAAUCCAGCAAUGUCAACACUCGGAACGGCGCUGUUAAGGCCUUCAAGGCACUGGCUGCUGCAAGUCGGGAUGAUAAGGCCCUGGAGAAGGUCUCGGAAGAGAUUGUUGGUCCCGUCAAAGGCGGAAAAUUAGCAUCCGCAGACCACAGAAUUCUUCACUGUGAGAUGCUCGAGGCCAUUCCUCUCUCCAAUACUAUUGCGGACAAAAUUGCCGCCGCUUUGGCAGUCGUCUCUGCAAAAGAGGGAAACGAGGCUGCUCUUGCCGUCGAGGCUUCUGCUCUGGCUAGAUCUACAGGAUUCUUGCUUGGAAAUGACACAGAAGUUGCCAAACCAGUCGUGGAUGCAUGCAUCAAAGGUAUUUCUGACAAGAAGUUUACAUCUCGUCGCAUUUGGCUACUUCGGGUCGGUGAGAUCUUCAACGCUGCUACAAGCUCGGGUGAUAUUUCCCCUGCCGUCGUCAAGUUUGCUGAGGCUGUCCUACCGAAACUUUUGGACACCUACAAUGAGGUGGUUGCUAAUCCCCUCGUUGCUGCUCAAAACAACUUAACAGUAGGUGCCUUCAUUGUCACCACCCUCACCUCCUGGUCUCAGCAAAGCAAUGUGACUGCUACUGUCAAGCUGUUAUUGUCAAAGGUUUCUAUUGCGAAUCAGGUUCUUGCUCUUGAGCCCAAACCUUCCUUCCUGCUCAAUCCUCGCAUAUAUGGCAAGAUUACUGUCGAGGACGAGCUUAUCUGGUUCUCCCGUGCUUUAUCGGCCGCGUCAGAGCACUUGAGUGAGGAGACCACCAAAUCUGUAUCGACUGCCUGGGCAGAGGCCUUCAUUUUCGCCAUCUCUUCAUCCGGGGCAACUCCCAAGGCCAGACAGGUCGCCACGGACAGCUUGUCUCGCGUCUAUGCCAGUCGCCCAGCUUUGGUCUCUCAGGCUGUCAUACAUGGCAUCUGGCACUGGAUCGACAGCUUAGAGACGGCAGACAAAGACAGUGCAGCAGCAUUGUCCAAGACCGAGAACAGCAACCUACAUCAAGUUUUGCGCACCAUCUGCAUCAACCCAAAGAAUGUGGAAGAAGGCCAACAAGAAGCUGUGCGAGCAACAAUUGAUCAACAGCUUUGCUCCCUACUCGUUCUUGCUCGGCAAGACCUCGUUCCUCGCGCCAGUUGGAUUGACCUCUGCCUCCGCGUAGAACGGGAUCCUGGAGACUUGGCACGCAGGUUUGAAGAUAGCCUCAUCAAAGAAAUCACAGAAAGCACUUCGAUCGAGCAAAAGUCCGAUGUGGUCAAGAGGGCUGCCUGCAAUGCCGCUGCGGAAUUGGCUUUUGUUGCCCCAGAAACAAUGACCAGCCGUAUCGUUCAAAUCAUACAGCAAGACCUGGAGCCGGAAGAAUUGCGAAACGUCGGACCCGUGGAGGCUGCUAUCUUCAGAACCCCCGAGGGCACCGCCUUCGUGGACGUCCUCGCAAAGAAGGCCCAGACAGCUGUUCCCGAUAAGAAUAACAAAGACUACGACAUCCUCAAGUGGGAGGCGGAACUCAGGGCCCAGCUGGAUCAGAAAAAGGGGCAGCAAAAGAAGCUCACAGCAGAUGAGACGGCCAAGGUGAAGGCUCAACUGCAGAAGGAGGCAGAAAUCCGCAAAUCAGUUCGCCAACUCGAAGCCCGGUUGUUGCGCGGUAUUGGCAUCGUUCAAAGCCUCGCUACUGGUCCACCCACUGAAGCCAGCCACUGGAUGGGCCCGGCAGUAAAGGCCCUCCUAGACGUAAUCGAUGCUGGGUCCAAUCUUCUCACCGGGGACGCUGCGUCUCUGGCUUACCUGGCCUGCUCUGAGCGAACAACCAGCCGUCUUGGUCCGAUGAAACCUUUUGUUGGAGUUGCGACGCUGCGCGCCCGGGGCGUCACUUCGCUACCCGAAGAUUACAAACAGGAGCCUGUAGAUGAGCUCGUCACCAGAGUACUCUACCGUUUGCGAUUUGCUGGUGAGCAACGACCCUUCGAUACUGUCUCGCUCGUCUACGCUCUAUCGCUGGUCUUCACCGUCCUGGAAAGCGGAGGUUUCGGCCCAUCGGCUGAUGACCGUGACGCUCAGCUUGUCCUCGCCAUUGAAUUCCUUUCUUUCCACACCAUCACCUGCGAGGACCCUGCAACUCCUCGUAUCCAGGUCCUGUCUUCCCUCAUAUCUUCCAUGCAACAGUACACGCAGCAUUACAAGAUUCUCAAAGACUGUUUUGCUGAUAUGUGCCGUUGCGUUGCACCCAACAUGACCCCGGAAGAGAUUGCGGUGCUGGCUAAGGGAACUAUCGCGCCUCAAAUAAGCGUCCGGACUACGGUAUUGCAGGCAAUUAGUGCAGAAGUCGACAUGAGCGAUCUUGACUUCUCCGACGAAAUCUGGCUAGCAUGCCAUGAUGAUGUGGAAGAGAAUGUCGAGCUUGGUCGGGAGAUCUGGGAGGAAAGCGACUUCAGCCUGUCCCCUGAAGUUCCUGCCAACAUGCUACCCUACCUGUACAGCAUUGAUGGUCAACUGAGGAGGGCAGCUGCUCGCUCACUUGCGGAGGCCUGUAAUUCACACAAAGCUACCCUCGAGUCGAUCUUGGAUGCUCUCAAAUCUUCGUAUAUUGAGCUCGCGAAACCACGAGUCCCCGAGCUGGAUGCCUACGGCAUGCCCAAGAAGACCAAUCUCGCCGACCCCUGGGAAUCACGUCACGGUAUAGGAUCCGCUUUCAAGGAGCUUGCGCCACACAUGGACAAACAACAACUGGACCCAUACUUCGAAUUUCUCAUUGAAAGGGGGCCACUGGGCGACCAGAACGCGAACGUCCGUAGUGAGAUGCUCGACGCAGCCAUCCGCGCCAUUGACAUUCAUGGCAAGGGCAUGGUUGAGAAAUUGAUGAAGGUGUUUGAGCGCACCUUGGAAGGCCCAGAUAAGAACACGGAGGCUUCUGACCGUGUCAAUGAAGCUGUUAUCAUCAUGUACGGUGCCCUUGCUCGGCAUUUGAAACCGGGAGACUCAAAGCUCCCCGUCGUCAUCGAACGACUCCUGUCAACCCUCAGCACGCCAUCGGAGACCGUUCAAUACGCCAUUGCGGAAUGCUUGCCGCCUCUGGUGCAGGCUUAUGGCGACAAAUCGUCGAAGUACUUUCAGCAGGUCCUUGAAACGUUGCUGACUUCCAAGAAGUACGCCGAGCAACGCGGCGCAGCAUACGGUCUGGCCGGCCUGGUCCAGGGUCGUGGAAUUUCAUCUCUGAAGGAACAGCGCAUAAUGAUGACGCUGAGAGGAGCCAUCGAGAACAAGAAGGAGGCAAAUCAAAGAGAAGCUGCCCUCCUCGCGUACGAGCUGCUCUCCACUAUUCUCGGUCGCCUUUUCGAGCCCUAUGUCAUUCAGAUCGUACCCCAGCUUCUCACUGGAUUUGGCGAUGCAAACGCCAACGUUCGCGACUCUUGUCUGGCUGCAGCCAAGGCAUGCUUUGGCCAGCUCAGCUCCUAUGGUGUGAAGAAGAUCCUGCCUACUCUUCUGGAUGGCUUAGAUGACCAGCAAUGGCGUAGUAAGAAGGGUGCCUGCGACCUGCUGGGGGCUAUGGCCUACCUUGACCCCCACCAGCUAGCCCAAAGUCUUCCCGAUAUCAUCCCUCCUCUCACAGGAGUUCUCAAUGACAGUCAUAAGGAAGUCCGUUCCGCAGCCAAUAAAAGCUUGAAGAGAUUCGGCGAGGUUAUCAACAAUCCCGAGAUCAAGAGCCUCGUCGACAUUCUCCUGAAGGCGCUCAGUGACCCGACAAAGUACACUGACGAGGCUCUGGAUUCUUUGAUUAAGGUCCAGUUUGUUCACUACCUUGACGCCCCUUCUCUUGCCCUGGUUACAAGAAUUCUUCAACGCGGCCUUGGCGACCGUUCCAACACCAAACGCAAGGCUGCACAAGUCAUUGGCAGUCUUGCCCAUCUUACGGAGCGAAAGGAUUUGGUCUCUCAUUUGCCAGUCCUUGUUGCAGGACUUAAGCUUGCUAUCGUCGAUCCGGUGCCGACUACCCGUGCUACGGCUUCCCGAGCGCUGGGUUCUCUAGUUGAGAAGCUGGGUGAAGAUGCUCUGCCGGAUCUUAUUCCUGGCCUUAUGCAAACCCUCAAGGCAGACAAUGGUGCUGGCGAUCGUCUCGGCUCUGCCCAGGCUCUCAGCGAGGUUCUCGCCGGCUUGGGUACUACCAGAUUGGAAGAGACACUACCUACCAUCUUGCAGAACGUCGAGUCAUCGAAAUCUGCUGUUCGCGAAGGAUUCAUGUCCCUCUUCAUUUUCCUUCCCGUCUGCUUCGGCAACAGUUUUGCAAACUACUUGGGCAAAAUUAUUCCUCCCAUUUUGUCAGGUCUUGCCGAUGAUGUCGAGUCAAUUCGUGAGACCGCUCUUCGGGCCGGCCGUCUGCUCGUCAAGAACUUCGCCGUACGUGCCGUCGACCUACUUCUUCCUGAGCUUGAACGUGGCUUGGCCGACGAUAGUUACCGCAUUCGUCUCAGCUCCGUCGAGCUCGUUGGUGACCUGCUCUUCAACCUUACAGGCAUCAGUGGCAAGACUGAGGAUGAUGAGGAGGAUGAGGAGAGUGCCAAGGAGGCUGGCGCUUCCCUCCGCGAGGCACUCGGAGAGGAGAAGAGAAACAAGAUCCUUUCUGCUCUCUACGUGUGCCGAUGCGAUACGGCUAACGCUGUCCGUUCCGCCGCAAUCAGCGUCUGGAAGGCCUUGGUGUCCAGCCCCCGUAUCCUCAAGGAACUUGUGCCAACUCUUACCCAGCUCAUUAUCCGCCGCCUUGGAAGCUCUAACAUGGAGCACAAGGUUAUUGCUAGUAAUGCUCUCGGCGAAUUGAUUCGCAAGGCGGGCGAUGGCGUCCUGUCUACUUUACUGCCAACUCUGGACGAGGGCCUCCAGACAUCGACGGACACAGAUGCAAAACAAGGUAUCUGUCUUGCCCUCAAGGAGCUUAUCUCUUCAGCGUCUGAAGAGGCUCUGGAAGAUCACGAAAAGACACUUAUCUCCGUUGUCAGGACGGCCCUCACCGAUUCAGAUGGAGAUGUCAGAGAAGCCGCCGCAGAGGCCUUCGACUCCCUGCAGCAGAUCCUGGGGAAGAAGGCUGUGGAUCAAGUUCUUCCCUACCUGCUCAACCUGCUGCGCUCCGAGGAAAACGCCGACAACGCAUUGCAGGCGCUGCUUACCCUGCUUACAGAAACCACCCGUUCCAAUAUCAUUCUCCCGAACCUCAUCCCUACCCUCAUCACUCCUCCCAUCUCAGCAUUCAACGCCAAGGCUCUUGCUUCUCUGUCUCGGGUCGCUGGUGCUGCCAUGAACCGCCGUCUGCCGAACAUUAUCAACUCUUUGAUGGACAACAUUAUCAACUGCCAAGACGAAGCUUUGAGAGAAGACCUCGAAAACUCUUUUGACACAGUGAUCUUGUCCAUUGACGAGUACGAUGGUUUGAACACUGUAAUGAACGUCCUGCUUCAGCUUACCAAGCACGACGAUCAUCGCAGACGUGCUACUACCACACGUCAUUUGGCCAAGUUCUUCGCGUCUGCCGAUGUGGACUACUCACGUUACAACCAAGAUAUUGUACGGUCCCUCCUCAUCUCGUUCGAUGACAGAGACCAAAAUGUGCUCAAGGGAGCUUGGGCCGCGCUCAGCGAGUUCACCAAGAAACUCAGGAAAGAAGAAAUGGAGAGUCUCGUCACCUCAACCCGACAGGCUCUUCAACAGGUUGGCGUUGCUGGCGCCAACUUGCCAGGCUUUGAGCUUCCAAAGGGCAUCAACGCCAUCCUACCGAUAUUCUUGCAGGGUCUCAUGAACGGCACCCCAGAGCAAAGGACACAGGCAGCUCUGGCCAUUUCUGACAUUGUGGACCGGACCAGCGAAGCUUCCCUGAAGCCGUUUGUCACGCAGAUCACGGGCCCCCUGAUUCGUGUCGUAUCUGAGAGAUCUACAGAUGUCAAAUCUGCGAUUCUGUUGACCCUAAAUAACCUUUUGGAGAAGAUGCCUACAGCGCUGAAGCCAUUCUUGCCCCAGCUACAACGUACAUUUGCCAAGUCGCUCGCAGACACUUCCAGCGAGGUUCUCCGAGCUCGCGCAGCCAAGGCUCUGGGUACGCUCAUCAAAUACACGCCACGAAUCGAUCCACUCAUUGCCGAACUGGUGACUGGAUCCAAGACUGCGGACCCCGGCGUCAGAACCGCCAUGCUCAGCGCGCUCUACGAAGUCAUCAGCAAGGCCGGUGCCAAUAUGGGCGAGACCUCGCGCGCUGCUGUCCUGGGUCUCAUUGAUAUGGAUACUGAUGAGAGAGAUGAUGCGAUGACAAUCACCAAUGCCAAGCUGCUCGGAGCACUCAUUAAGAACGUGCCCGAGGAGGCUGCCAACGGGCUGCUGAAGAACCGGGUGGUUACCAGUCACUGGAGUCACUCUUCGGCUCUCGCCCUCAACGCGGUGUUGGUUGAAUCACCGCAGAGCCUCCUGGAAAGCCCCUUGGCGGACGAAUUGCCCGAUCUUCUUUGCCAGGGCAUGUCGAGCAAACACGCGUACAUCGCGGACAACGUCAUCCUGGCCACUGGUAAAUACCUAUUGUCAGACUCGGUCAAGACUUUUGAUUCGAACAAGAAGAUCUUUGAGGCCCUGGCAAACAUCAUCCAGCCAGGUGGUUCCGUGGACUCUCGGCGGUUGGCAUUGGUUAUCGUUCGGACAAUGAGCCGUACCAACAUGGACAUGGUUCGCCCGCACGUGGGGUUGCUUGCUGGCCCUGUGUUUGCCAGCGUUAGAGACCCGGUCAUUCCCGUCAAGCUGGCCGCGGAAGCCGCUUUCGUUGCUCUCUUCAACGUUGCGGACGACGAAAACAAGGUCUUUGACAAGUUUGUGGAUGGUGCAAACCUGCCACCCAACACCAAGAGGAGCAUGCAGGACUACUUCAAACGUGUCACCCUGAGGCUCGGAGCGCAAGUACGGGAAAGGAGGGAAGCAGAGGGAGGCCAGGGAGGCCUAGGUCUGUCCAAUGACGAGGUUGAAGAUGAAAAGGAGAUAUGGAGUGUGGGCAAGGUUGACGUUGGCGAGGAUGUGGUCAACUUGCGAACUCAGAAGCGCCUCGCCGCGUCGGUCAUCGGCUGCGGUGAGCGCAAGAUCUGGCUCGACCCCAACGAGGUCAGCGAGAUCUCCAACGCCAACUCCCGCCAGACCGUCCGCAAGCUCAUCGCCGAUGGCCUCAUCAUCCGCAAGCCUGUCACCAUGCACUCGAGAUCCCGUGCUCGUGAGCUGAACCUUGCCCGCCGCAUCGGUCGCCACCGUGGCUUCGGUAAGCGCAAGGGUACCGCCGAGGCCCGUAUGCCCAGCCAAGUCCUCUGGAUGCGCCGCCUCCGUGUUCUCCGCCGUCUCCUCGUCAAGUACCGUGCCUCCGGCAAGAUCGACAAGCACCUCUACCACGAGCUCUACCACGCCAGCAAGGGUAACACCUUCAAGCACAAGCGUGCUCUCGUGGAGCACAUUCACCGUGCCAAGGCCGAGAAGGCCCGCGAGAAGGCUCUCAAGGACGAGAUGGAUGCCAAGCGUGCGAAGACCAAGGCCGCCCGCGAGCGCAAGCAGGAGAGAGCGGCGGCGAAGAGGAACGCUCUGAUGGGUGAGGAGGAGGAGACCAAGUAG